CACAACCAAUCAAACACACAAAAAGCACUUAUCUAUCUAUCUAUCUAUCUAUCUAUCUAUCUAUCAUAAUGUCCCAUACUCAUCAGAUCAAUGCUGUUGUGAAGCCAAUCAUUUUUCGCGAAUACAUUGGUGUGAAAGAUAUCCCAAAAAAUUUAAAGGAUUUUCCAGCUGAGAUGAUCAACGACGACAUCGAAGAAUUCCAUUUUAUUUUGGGCACUCUGAGGGAGGUGUAUAGUGGAGAUGGAAAAGGCAAGGGAGAAUUCUAUCGGACUUGGAAUUUUAAUAAUUUCAGUCCAGCAAAAGUGGCGAAGCUGAAGAAAGAUCAUAAGAAUGUUAAGGUGAUAAUAAGCAUUGGAGGGUUUGGCGCUGAAAAUCCAUUCAAUCCCAAAGAGAUUGAAUCAUGGAGUACCAAGGCGAAACAAUCGAUCAAAAAGCUCAUCAAUGAAUACCAAGAGUACUCAAAGGAUAGCAGCAGCACCGACGAGUGCCAUUGCGAUGACAUAAUUGAUGGUAUUGAUAUUAACUAUGAGUACAGCAAUUGCAAUCCGGAUGAGUUUUCUUCCUGCAUAGGAGAACUCAUAAGAAAACUCAAGAAGAGUUCCAAAUCCAUAAAACUGGUGUCCAUUGCUCCAACAGAGCUUCUCAAACCCCACUACCAUAAAUUGUAUUGGGCCAACAAAGACAUAAUUAACUGGGUUGACUACAAGUUCUACAAUCAGACUGUGUCCAGCGCGGAUGAAUUGGUAAAUCUCUAUAAUAAGUUGCUUAAUGAAUACGGUACUGAUGUUAAACUCUUGCCAGGAGUCAGCACUGAUCCAGAUAGUAACACUAACAUGACACGAGAUGUCUUCAUUAAGGGUUGCAAAUCCCUCCUCGAAAGCGAAUCACUCCCUGGUAUUUUUGUUUGGAACGCUAAUGAUUCUGCCAUGCCCUCCAACGAAGACAAUACUCCUUACUUCCUAGAGGAAGUCCUACAAGACCUCCUUACUGAUAAUUGAAUGAAUCACAUUACAACAAACUACACUACGUUGGUACCUCCUCAAAAUAUAUAAGACCUAUUAUUCCUAUUGUCGUGUGCUCUAUUAUUAUGCUAUGUUGUGUGUGGAUAUUUAAUAGCUUCUCUUGUAUUGUAUUAAAUAAUAAGAAGCAAUUAUAUCCUUUUCCUAUCUUAAAAGACUUUAAUUUGUCUCAUCUCAUGUGUACAACUUAAAUAGUCUUUCACCAUGUACAAGUGUGUUUUUUCCCAUUCUAUUAAUAAAUACCAUCAUAUUUCCUUUAA